AUGGUGCCGGGUCCAUACGUGGCCCCGGUGCUGCCGGCAGCCUGCGAAGGGAGCUCCAAAAUUACCGAGCCCUUGAGGACCGCGGCUCUCCAGGUGGCACGCCAGUUCCUGCUGCAGCAGGCCACGGGGCUGAGCUCCCCCAGCAGCAAUGAGGGCAAGCAGCCGGCGGUGCAGGUCCCCGUGUCCGUGGCCAUGAUGUCCCCGCAGAUGAUCACGCCGCAGCAAAUGCAGCAGAUCCUCUCGCCGCCCCAGCUCCAGGCCCUCCUGCAGCAGCAGCAGGCGAUAAUGCUGCAACAGUUGCAGGAAUACUACAAGAAGCAACAGGAGCAGCUUCACCUGCAGCUAUUGACACAGCAGCAAGCCGGAAAGCAGCAACCCAAAGAGGUGAGCUCAUGCAGACGGGUUCUGGGCCAUCAGAUCUGGCUCCAAAUAAAAGGGGGACCAGCACAAAACAAGCGGGAGACGCUCAGGCGGGGGAUGUUGUCAACCCCCCGUCACCGGGUUGGCAGCGUCCCUGUGCCAGGGGUGCCACAGUCUGUGUGCCCCUGGGACCUCCAGCAGCUCUGGAAGGAGGUCACAGCCGCCCAGCCCGUUGAGGACAGCAUUAAGCAAGAAGGUCUCGACCUCACCACCAACACCUCCAACUCUACCUCGUUUUCGGCCGCCAAGGUCUCGCCUCCCAUUUCCCAUCACCCUCUGCCCAAUGGACAGAGCACCAUGCACACGCCGAGAAGGGACAGCUCUUCCCACGAAGAGACCCCCAGCUCCCACCCGCUCUAUGGCCACGGAGAGUGCAAGUGGCCUGGCUGCGAAACCCUCUGUGAGGACUUGGGACAGUUUGUCAAACACCUCAAUACAGAACAUGCACUUGAUGACCGAAGCACGGCCCAGUGUCGAGUCCAGAUGCAAGUGGUACAGCAGCUGGAAAUACAGCUGGCCAAGGAGAGCGAGCGUCUCCAAGCAAUGAUGGCCCAUCUUCACAUGAGACCUUCAGAGCCAAAGCCUUUCAGCCAACCUCUGAACCUGGUCUCCAGUGCCACCCUCUCCAAGAGCACUUCCGACACGUUCCCCGACGGUUUACCUCAUCCCCCCACCUCCGCCACGGCGCCCAUCACCCCCCUGCGGCAGGGCCCCUCCGUCAUCAGCUCUUCCACUUUACACAACGUGGGGCCCAUCCGCAGGAGAAACUCGGAGAAGUUCUGCACCCCGAUAUCUUCAGAACUUGCACAGAACCACGAGUUUUACAAAAACGCGGACGUCCGGCCGCCCUUCACGUACGCCUCGCUCAUCCGGCAGGCCAUCCUGGAGACCCCCGACAGGCAGCUAACGUUGAACGAAAUCUAUAACUGGUUCACGCGGAUGUUUGCCUACUUCCGGAGGAACACGGCCACCUGGAAGAACGCCGUCCGCCACAACCUGAGCCUGCACAAGUGCUUUGUGCGCGUGGAGAACGUCAAGGGAGCCGUCUGGACCGUCGACGAGCACGAGUACCAAAAGCGAAGGCCACCAAAGAUGACAGGGAGUCCAACUUUAGUCAAAAACAUGAUUUCAGGACUCGGUUACGGAGCACUUAAUGCAAGUUACCAGCGGGACGGGCUCCUCGGGGCUGAACGCUUCCCUCCCCGCAGCCAUCCAGUGCAUGUGAAGGAGGAGCCCGCCGAGGCAGAGGAUGACAGUAGACCCGUCUCGCUGAUGGCCACCACCAACCAGAAUGUGACGAUUCCCGACGACAGGGACCUGGAGGAGGAGCUGCCGGUGGAAGACUUGUCCUAA